AUGUUAAAACAUGAUAUUGACAAUCAACAUAAAGAAAAUAUUAAAUCAGAUAUCAUAAUCGAAGGCGAUAGAUCACCGAUGCUAUUAGCACAACAUACGAAUUCAAUUAAUACCGAUACAUCAAAAACAAAUAUAGUCUCGAUUGAUCAACAGAGUUAUGAUGAUAAUAAAAGCACUUUCAUGAAUAUUCUUAGUGCUAUGUAUGCAAUUAUUUUUGGUAUUUUAUUUGGAUUUCUUAUGAAUAAAGGUACAGUUUUUGUGUCACCUACUAUUCGUAAACAAAUGUUAUUUGAACGUUUUGCAAUGUUAAAAAUGUUUCUUGCUGCUGUUGGAGUAUCAAUGUUAAGUGUAGCUUUACUUGUUCUCUUUUGUGGAGCUUUGUAUGGAAAAGUUUUAAAUAGUUAUAUCGAACAUAAUAGUCGUCGAGGCGUUCUUCAUUAUAUAUUUGGAGGUACUUUAAUCGGUUUAGGAAUGGUUGUAUCUGGUAGUUGUCCAGGAACAGUUUUUGUUCAAGUUGGUUCAGGUAUUCUUAAUUCACUCUUUACUUGCUUGGGUGGUCUUCUGGGCACCUAUUUUUACUAUAUGUUGAUACAUGAUCGUGUAUCACAUACAAAAUUACCUUCAACAUCACUUGUUCUACGACGUUUAUGUGAUGUAUUACAUAUUCAUAGUACUAUCAUUCAUACUAUAUUCGGUUGUAUUCUUCUUGGUGCUGCUAUUGGUUUAGAAUAUUUGAUUCCUUGGAAAUCUGAUUUAAAUAGUCGCUUAUUAGUUAACGGUACUCUCAAUCCAAAUGAAGCUAUUGGACAUAUUUUUGGUAUGGCUGCUUGGCCACCAUCAAUUUGUGGUGCAGGUAUUGGACUUUUACAAUUAUUUUUUAUAUUUUUUCUUGAAAAAUCAUUGGGAGUAUCAUCCGCAUUUACUGUAUUUGCUGCUCAAGUAUGUCGUAUUAAAACAAUUGGUCGAACAAUACCAUCAAUGAAUUCAUUUGCCUAUGGAUUUAAGAACUAUGUUACUCUUCUAUUUGCUUUGGGUGCUAUUGGUGGUAGUGCAUUAUCAUCAAGUCUAUCACAAACAAUUCCAUUAGGUGCAGAAAAUGGAACCAAUAUACUUAAUAGUAUUCUAGGAGGAUUUUUCUUACUCUUAGGUGCACGAUGUGCAGGUGGUUGUACAAGUGGUCAAGGAAUUUCAGGUAUGACGCAUCUCCUAUUUGGUUCAUUUCUUACAACAGCAUGUAUAUUUGGUGGUGGCAUUAUUUUUGCUUUUACUUUUUCAUUAGGCAAAGAUGAAUGGUCUUUUUACAAUCUAUAA